CAGAAAUCUCUUUUCUUUUUCAUAAAUUUUACAUUUUUAUUCUUUCCAUUUACGAAAAAAAGUUUCCAAUUCAUAUAAUUUUAUUCUUUUACAUAAAUCGAUUCUGUUUUUUUUUUUCCUGACUCCGUCUCUCUGUUUCUGGGUCCGUCGCCGAGAAGAAUCGUCUUCACCUGAGAGAUCAUCAUGCUUUCUAGGGCUUAAAGUCUCUCCUCUUUGUUGUUGUGAUAAUAAUCUUUAGAUGGAGUCUCCUUCCAAAGAUCUAAUCCAAUGCUGCGACUGUGGAUGCCACUCCUCUCCACGCUCCUUCCACCGCUCCGUGAAACGCAGACACGACGAAUCCAACAACCCCAAAGUCCACAUCGAGAACGAGUGCGAGCUCCUCCGAGAAACCGUCACCAGCCAGCAGCAAUCUAUCCAGGAGCUCUACGACGAGCUCGAGAAGGAGAGGAACGCCGCGGCUUCGGCUGCGGACGAGUCCAUGAACGUGAUGCAGAGGCUGCAGAACGAGAAGGCAGAGCUUCAGAUGGAGCUGAGGCAGUACAAGCUCUACGUUGGGGAGAAGAUGGAGCACGAUUUGCAGGAGAUGUUGGCGUUGGAGGAGUUGGUUAAUCAGAGGGAGCAGACUAUAAUGGCGUUGACGUGCGAGGCUCAGGCUUAUAAGCAUAGGAUGAUGAGUUAUGGGUUAACGGAGGGUGAAGCUGAAGGGGGCAAGAGUGGUAACUCGAGUGAUGGAUAUGAUCUUACUGCUUAUGAUUAUCCUCCUUUGAAGUGUAAUGUAGUUGAGAAUCAUGAUCCUCUGGGAGCUGAUGUAUAUGUUGCUGAUGAUGGGAAGUAUCCGCCUGUUGUUUCGCCUUUGAAGAGUUUGGAUCAGAGGAUCAGCGAGAUGGAGACUAAUCCUGGCUUUGCUGAGCUGGAUGGUGGUUUCUCCGGUGUUAAGGAGAAGAUGGUGGUUGGUGGUCAGAGUCCAAGGCCUCAACGACAUUUUAGGAGGAUGUCUACUAAAGAAGUUAGGCCUGAUGCUUAUGUUGAGUCUCCUAAGAAAGUGGCUAAUGUCUCCUCAUAUACAGAGAAUGUUAAUGCUAAAGAUGAUGACUCUUCGGAUAUAGGAGGAGAUGACAUGAGUGAUAGAGUUUACACCAUUGACUCUGUUCAUCACGGUGUAACUGAGCAAAAGCUUGAGGCUGAGACUUCUGAUGGUAUGGAUCUUGGUGAUCCUGAUAUAACGAAGCUGUACAUGAGGCUUCAAGCACUGGAAGCUGACAGGGAAUCGAUGAAGCAGGCGCUUGUUUCUAUGAGGACUGACAAGGCUCAGAUGGUGCUGUUGAAAGAGAUUGCUCAACAUUUGUCAAAGGAAGUUGUUCCUCAAAGGAGGUUGCCUCUGAGGAAAGCAUCCACCGGUGGGCCAUUGCCUUUCACUCCUGUCUUUAAGUGGAUCUCUUCUUUUGUUUCCUGGAGAAGAAAGGCUCGUAGAAGCAAGUAUAUGUAUGGGAUGUCAGCAAACAACAUGGGACUGCAAAUGCUUCUAGAAAAGGUCCCUAGAUCAAGGAAAUGGCGAUGCCUCAGGAGCACGCAAGUGUGAAACAGAUCCAAAUCCUUCCAGCCAAAAUCAUUCUCCUGACACUCUAGAUUUCCAAACCACAUAAGUAUCAGUUACUGAUGAAUUGCAUUUCGUAAAGUGUGUGUGUUUUUCUCCAACUCGAACUGGGGUUCUUGUUCUUGGGUUGCAGAGAAAAAUGUUUGUCCUUUGCGGUUUUUUUAUUCAUUCUGUUUUCUCUCCAAUGUUUUAACUGUUUGUAUAAAAAUAAGGGGGUUGAAGAAUGAUUUAUAACUCAGAGGCUAUACAAUAUUUUCUAUGAUUUAUAACUCAAGAGACUAUACAAUAUUUGUAUGGUUUCCGACUUGUGUUGUUUUA